CAGUGUAUGAGGGGAACGCCAAACAUAGCAAGCAUGUGUAGAGCAGUAUAAAAUUAACAACAAAAACAAACACCAACACAUUGUAAUUGUAAAUAACGCGUAACGGUCUAUUACCAAUUUUGGUUGUUCAAGUGCAACGAAAAAAUAUCGUUGCAACGGAAACGGAAGUGCAGAGAGUGCAUAAAUUCACCCAAACAAAGAGAGAGAACAGUAAACAAUUGGCUGAAACCAAGUUUCUACAUUGAUUACUUUAAAAAAUUACAUAAUAGACAAAAAUAGCAAUUGAUAAAAGUUAAAAAAAAAAAACAAUUUGCAAUGGAAAAAGAGAAAGAUUUAUAUCGUGAAACAUGGGUGCGUUAUUUGGGUUAUUGCAAUGAAGUUGGUGAAGCAUUCCGCCGUUUGGUGCCUUCUAAGGUGGUGACAGCCAGUUAUGUGGUAUCUACGGGUUAUGUUUGUGCCGAUACCAUUGAUAAAUCCUACAAAGACUACAAACAGGGUUCCUCGGUUAAAAAUGUUGCCAUAACUGCAACUGAUGUUUUCAUUUGGCAAAUAUUGGCUUCGGUUGUAAUACCCGGUUUUACUAUAAAUAGAAUCACCUACCUCAGUGGUCGUCUACUAAGGCAGGCUAAUGUUAAAAAGGCCAUAGCCAAAUAUUUACCAACAGCUUUCGGCUUGACGUCAAUACCCUUCAUUAUACCACCAAUUGAUCACAGUGUGGACUAUUUGAUGGACAAUACCUAUAGAAAAUUUGUCAAAAGAGCAACGUAGUGAUAACUAAAACAAUUCACAACCAUGUCAUCUAAUUAUAAAAAAACAAUAUCGAAGCUAAAAGAAAAUAGAACACAGUUUUGUGUUCUCAAUCCUAACGAGAUGGUGCCAAACUGAAUGGAGCUGGAAGAGAAAAACGUACAAUAAGCAAUAUUAAUGAUAAUUAGUACAAUAUUACUAAAUAAUUUAGUAAAUACACUGUAUAGUUUUGUUAAAUUUAGUACUUUUGAAAAAUGCAAUUUAAAUAAAAAGUACAAAUAUUUAUUUGAAAAGAAGAUAAGACAUUUUUG